UUAACUUCGAGGCGAGGUGUGCGGUGCAUGAGAAUCGUACGGCUACGCUCCCGGUACCUGGACCUAUCUUGAAUGCAGUAUACAGUGCAUGCAUAUUAUGUACGUUUUUUGUGUGACCUUGGUUCAUCCAAAGGGUGAUUUGAGUGCGCCGCUCCAAUGGCGGUUGAUUCCCGUGUUCUGGGAAAUGAGAUACCGCGAAACUCGACUUAAAGACGAUGCCAGUUCUUCAGAAUGAGUAACGCUUGUGCUGCUCUACAGAUAUUUUGAUGGAGUCAGAAUCACAUAUCUGCCUUGGCUAACAGUAACAGUAACAUUUCCCAGUUACUAGAUCUAACUUAGACUUCUAUUGAACAAGUGUUGUGUCACACUUUAUACGGGAGUGACUGAGUGUGAGUCGAGUGAGUCCGCGUCCGAGACACGGUCAGGAGAUUCUACCGCUCCUGAUCCUGGCACUUGCAGAGGCAGUAUUGCUAAAGCGAAAUAGCAUCGGCCAAAGACAGGCGCGAUCGCGGUUCAACGUUUUCCUGUUUAGAUCCACUUGGUAGAGAAGGAGGCAUUGAGGAGCCGCCAUCAUGUCUCUUAUCAUGAAGCUCCAGCAGCUCCAGGGUGGAGACCUGGAGAAGCUCCAGGGUCUCUACCAGAACCUGGAGUUCCCUAUGGAGAUCAGAUACUACUGUGCACACUGGAUAGAGGCACAGAACUGGAGUUCAAUUGACAUUGAUAACCCAGUGUUUGAGCCUGAUGCUAUUGAUCUACUUCAUGGGAUGAUCAAACAGGUCCAAGCAAAGAUUGAAGAGCUUUCUGAUGAUGAGAUGUUCCCUAUCAAGCUCAAGCUCAAUAACUUCACACAAGAACUGAAUAAACGUUUCAGUAACCAGCCUUUCGCCUUUGUCAGGCUUAUUAACCACUGUUUAGAGAGUGAGGAGAGACUGGUACAAAAUUCAAUGCAGAACAGAACUGUGGAAUCUCCUCAAGCCCCACCAUGCAACAAAGAUAUUACAGAAAACAUUACCAACAUAAGAAUGAUGACACAGAAAACAGAAGAAGACCUGAGCAAUCUCCAACAGAAGCAGGAAAUGUUCGUCUUUCAAUACCAGGAAAAUUUGCGCUUUCAAGGUCGUUUGAACCAGCUGGCCAAUUCUCUGGCAGAGAGUGAUCCUAACAGACGAGCAGAGGAAGUCUCUCUACGCAAGAAAAAAGCUGAAGUAGAACAGGUGCUACAGACAGAGGCACAAGAACUGCUACGAAUGAGAAUGGACUUGGCUGAAAAGCACAGGAAAACAUUGUACAGCUUGAAGAUCCUGCAGAGCAGAGUUCUGGAAGAUGAACUCAUCCGUUGGAAGAGACAGCAACAGCUGGCUGGUAUUGGUGGACCUCCAGAGGGCACCCUUGAUCAACAACAGUGCUGGUGUGAGGCUCUGGCUGAGCUGAUUUGGCACAACAGACAACAAGUGAAGAAAGUAGAACUACUCAGACAACAGCUGCCAAUUCCUGUACCUCAUGGACAAGACCUGUUACCAGAGCUUAAUCGCUGCUUCAUGGCUCAGCUUUCAACCCUUGUUACUAGUACAUUCAUCAUUGAGAAGCAGCCCCCACAGGUUUUGAAGAAAGAGACUAGAUUCUCAGCAUCUGUCAGAUUGUUAGUUGGUGGCAAGCUCAAUGUACACAUGAACCCUCCUCAAGUCAAAGCUACAAUCAUCAGUGAAUCUCAAGCAAAGGCGGUGCUAGCUAGUGAGACAUCAAGUUGGAAUGAGACGAGCGGAGACAUCUUGAACAACUGUGGUGUGAUGGAGUAUCAUAGAGAGACCGGAGUGCUCAAUGUCACCUUCAGAAACAUGUCACUGAAGAGAAUUCGCAGAGCAGAUCGAAGGGGAUCUGAGUUUGUUACCGAGGAGAAGUUCACAAUCCUGUUCCAGUCCCAAUUUUCUGUGGCGAGUGGUGAACUUGUCUUCCAAGUUAGGACUAUGUCACUUCCAGUUGUUGUCGUUUCCCAUGGCAACCAGGAAUGUAAUGCUCUUGCCACUAUUCUCUGGGAUAACGCAUUUGGUGAAUCAGGACGAGUCCCUUUUGUGGUACCCGAUGGUGUUCCCUUCGCAGACAUGGGCCGAGCCCUCAACUCCAAGUUUAUGCUGGCAAACGGGCGUAGCCUGAGUGAUGCUAAUCUGCUCUAUCUGGCGCAGAAAGCUUUUAGUCCAGACCACAAUGUUGGCCAAACAGAGGACUUCUCCAAUGUCUACAUCACAUGGAGUAUCUUCAACAGGGACCCUUUGCCAAAUCGUACCUUUACUUUCUGGCGCUGGUUCCAUGGUGUACUAGAGCUGACCCGGAAGCACUUGAGAGGGCCAUGGAAUGAUGGAUCCAUCAUGGGCUUUGUAUCUCGUAGCAUGGCUCACGAUCUUCUCCUGUCCCAGCAAGUAGGAUGCUUCUUGCUACGCUUCAGUGACUCGGAGAUUGGAGGCAUCACCAUAGCUUGGCUGGCAGAAGAUGCCAAUACAGGAGAGCGUCAGGUCUACAACCUGCAGCCAUUCACUGCAGAUGAUUUCAACAUCCGUUCUCUAGCGGACCGCAUCCAUGACUUGAGCCAUCUGACCCACCUCUACCCUGACAAACCAAAGGACACAGCCUUUGGACAGUAUUACACCACUGAUCCUGAGGUACCUCCACAGGGUGAUGGUGGCUAUGUCCCCACCUCACUCGUCAGCCAUAUCCCUCACAUGCCUGGUGGACCACCCCAACACCACAGCCAGGAGAUGGGCAACCGUGAGCCCAUGUCACCCCCAUCCCAGCAGCUGAUGACCUCUUCAUCCCUCAGGGUGUCGUCCAGUGAUGGAAUGGUGGGCACCACCUCCAUGGACCAAAACCUUGAUCCCCUGGAGGAACUACCCAUCUUGGAAGACUACGACGACCCACAAGCCGGUAUCAUGGAGGAUCUUCUUCGGUGGAGCGCAAGCACGUCAUAGACUGGAGCCCCACCAAGCCCGCCCGCAGAAAGAAACGUGGCAGAGAGAAGAGGCGAAGCAAGGAGACGGUGAUACUAGAGAGAGAAGUGACAGUGAUGGUGGUGGUGGGGGUGGUGGUGUCGGUAGUCGUGCAAGGAAAGACACGUGACACAUCCCGAGCCAAUGCUGUUCUCAUGAUAACGAACUCGAUAAGAAAAAGACAAUGACUGCUCGAGCAGAGGAUUAAUGACUGUAGUCGAGGAUGGCUCUUGUCCAACUUGCAUCCGAAUCCUGAUGUCAUUUUCAUUCAUGGGAUAGUGUUGGUUCUUGUUUGAUUGUACAUAGAUAAUCAGUAUACUUAGUCUACACUUGUGUAAUGAAAUGCAUGCAUGAAUUAAAAUGUGUACAUAUGAAAAAUGUUAAUCACUAACGACUGAGAAAUGGUAAUUUUAAAGGCUUAGAAAAGAUGACACAAGUGUUAUGUGAACAUAUAUUUUGAUAUUUUGUGAUUUAGCAAGCUUCAAAUCUUGCAAAUGUGGUUGUAUUAUUAGUACUACAAGGAGAUUGAAACAGCAUUCAACUGUUGACGUCUUUGGAAAAAUGAGGGGGUGGGUUUGUGGAGGAGAAAGAUGCAAAUAUAAAUAUAUUUUAGCAUUAGGGUUAAAUUGGAAGAUAAAACUUGAUCUGUUCACAAAAUGUACACGUAAUACAUCAUUAAGCUUGGCAGCUACACUAGUACAUGCUGCUUUAUAUGUAUUGUGAAGUCGGUGUUAUGACCUAGCCAUUAAGAUUUUUGAAAAGGGAGGAGGAUACAUAUUUUUUUAUGAUUCAACUUGUGAUGUAAAGCACACAAAAGUCAGUGUCUGAAUCACAAUGAAUUUAAUGACUUGAUUUGAUUUUUUAACAUAUCAAUAUCACUUUGAUCUCACAAAAAUAUUUCAUUCAUUGUGACAUAAUUCGUAUCUUGCACUAAAAGUUGACUGGUAAUGUACAUUGAUGGCAAAAUUUAGGCGAUAAUAGAAUCUCUUUGUUUGAAUUUUCAUUUGUUUUGUUUGUGAUAUAUUUUUUAAUCGUUGUAAAAAGUAAUUGUCAUUGUCAUUUUUUGUUGUUUAAUUUCUAAUUCUUUAAUUUCUAUUUGAAAAUUUUGACCAACUUUAUUAAUAAUAAUAAUCACUUGAUGAGCACAUUGCAAACUAAUUUGAGUGGAGUAUAUAAUCCUUUAAAUUGACCAAAUUGUUCGUGUUUUGUGGCUAUUUUUGAUCUUGUACGUUGUUCAUGGGCAAGUAAGAUUAGUUUAUUCAUUUUCAUCCUAAAUCAGUAUUCAUUGUAUGAAACAUGUAGCCUUUGAUGAUGUUGGUGCAGUUUUCAAACCUCUAUCAAGUCUACCAAUAAAUAUUUUCAUUUGUUCAGCUUUUGUUCUAAAUAUCACAGGGUAAAUUUGAUAUCCAGUUUAAAUCAGAGAUAAAAAUUAGAAAUUUAACAUUUAUGCAACCUGGUGAUAUUGUUAGAUUUCAGUCAAAAUUGAAAAUAUUGGAAUAGAUUAUGGAAUCAAUGGGUAUAGUUUAGGAAUGAGUUUUGGAAUUCACUUCACAGAUUAAUACAACAUAAAAAAGGGUGAUUGGAAAUUAUAAUUUAAAACUUAUUCUUUUAAAUAUUUUAUAGCAUUGCCUAUCUAAAUAUAAAGCUGCAAUUAAAGCAAAGAAAAAUUGAUUCGAAUUCUGUCCAUCAUUUAUAUAUUUGUUGAAACAUUAAGCUGGCUUAAAAGCUUUGAAAAUGUUCACCAUCUUGCAGCUUUAUAUUUGGAAAAAUAUGGAGUAUUUGCACCAGGGAAAUAAGAUAAAAAGUAUAUUGUAUAACAUAUUUUCAUAUACAUGUAUGUUCAUUAAAUACUAAAUCAUAGCUCUAUUUCCAAAGUGUUGUGCCAAUUUUUCUGAAAAUGUUUAGACUCUGAAUAUUGUUUGACUUCCAUGGGUCUAGUCCCUUAUCUACAUUUGUCUCCUUUUUUCUACUUUUUUUGUAUAAGUAUUAUACACACAUGUGGUGUGAAUGUUUGGUCCUAACUUUUCAGCUAUUGUCAUACGUGUAAGAAAUGAGGACAUUUAAGAGCAAAGAAACAACCCUUGACAAGGAACAUCUCUUUUGUGAUAUUCUUCCACACUAAAAUGGUAAAAAGCACCAGAACCUUCUCGGUAAUGUUACAUGUUCACCUCUUUAUACUCAGAAUCUUAACAAUUAUGUAUGUACAUGUAGCUAGAGGAAGAAAGCACUUACAGACCUUAUUUAAAAUUGACCUGAAAUGCAAUUCAGAUGAUUCCUUUUUGUAUUGCCAUUUGAUCAUGAGAUAAUAAUGAUAUUGCUGCCACAGCCUAUUCCCCAAAUUGAAUUCUAAAGUUGCCAGUGUAAGAUAUUCAUUGUAAAGCAUUGUUUGUCAAAAAAAUGUACUAUAUCUGUAUACCUCAUUUUGAAUCUGUAUCAGGUAUAUUUUUUAUGUUUCCUUUACAGGUGAAUACCCCGAACAAUGACAAAUUCCAUUAAGAAUUGAUUGAAAGACAUAUGAAUGUAAGUUUAAUAGAGAUAAAUUCAACUUAAUGAACAAUGUUUUGCAUAGACUGCGAUCUGAACCAGUUAUUGCAGAGUUGUGUGGUAUCCCUAGAAGAGACCACAGAUGAUAUGAAGCUAAGAUUGAAAUACCCGGUAGCUUUUUAGCCAACAUGACAUGAUAACUAUUGCAAGCUAGAGUUAAGAGGAUGUGCUCUAUUCACAUUUGUAUUCAUUUCCCUGAAUGAAUAUGGAUAACGAAUCCCUUCUCAGUAAAACUUAUCUCAUAAUUUGCUAUCAUGUCACGUCAUGUUGAUCACAGAAAGGCAUUUACUCCAUGUCAUAAAGUGCCAGAAUAUUUUUAUAGAAACUAGAAUGGUGCUGUCCUCCACUUUGUUAGAAUCUAACCUUCUGAAAAGCAUAGAAAAAUUAAAUUCUCUUCUACUGGCGAUUGAAUAAUGAAUGUUAUCAGCUUCCUUCAGGUGUCCUGCACAUAUGUGGGGGUUCUGCUUGUAUUAAAUGAAAGGCAAGUGGGGAUGAAAAAUGUAGCUGUAUGCAACAAGGUGCUAGGCAUACUCGUGUAUCUGGGUGUUAUAGAAUACAAAACUUUAUUAUGCUUUAAACAAAACGGUAAAACAUGGUUUACUGCAGCGUAUGUGAACAAGCCUUUAGACAUCCCCAGGUGUUAGAAGUCUUCUAUAACUUCUAUAUCACAUCACAAAGUGCUGUGAGCAUAUAUGGAUACAAAAGAGAAGUAUAGAGGGUAGUGUACAUUUAGAGUAUUUUGCCUUUUGUUGUCCAAUCCGUCAACAUUUUCUUGUAUUCAUGUUGCAGUCCCAUUUUGACUAUUUUUCUCUUCAAUAUAAGGAGGGAAUAGGUAUAUUGGAUUUUUUUUUUCCUUUUUAUUUUGGAAUUCGAGCCAUGCAAGAUUUGUUUCACUCAUUUAGAAAUAUCUAUGUAGGCUAGUGAUUGUUACUUUCUCUCCACAUUAAGACAAGAUUAUGACUACCGAAAAUAUCUGUUGCUUGUGAAGCACAUUUUAUUUCUAAAGUGAAGAGUUAAAGCACUUUGUUUAUUUUUGUUUGUAUGAAGUAAAAAAAAAAAUCAUGUAUUGUGUGAUGGACUUGUACUAAAUCUAACAUGAACAAUCAAUGAUAUUGUAUCCGAGUAGAGAUAAAAUUGUAUGAAUAGUUACUGUAAGUGUAGUUUAUUGCUUAGCAAAUGUAUCAUGCUAUUUUCUACGAUCAAAUGGAAAGUAUUACCUGUGGCAUAUUAAGCCGACAGACUGUGCUGUUUAUUUGGCUUCAAACGUAUGUAUCAAUACUAAAAUGUAGGUCUUAUAGCAAAAUAAAACAUGAAGACUUGCAGCAUA